AUGGAUGCGCAGAAUGCCCUUGAGUCCAUAAGCGCGAAGCAGGCCGCCGCUUCUCCCAAGUGGGGAGCCUCUGAAGCGGAACAUGACGCCAAGGCGAAGACCAACACGAAUGCCAAAUCACCCGUAUCCAGCAAAGCGGCGCCCUCAAUCAACGAUCCAAAGCCUGCGGCUAGUGCAUCAUCAUCAUCAUCUAACUUGCCCGUGCCCGAUGGCGACGCUCCUAUCCCAGACCGAGAUUCAGACGCCGAGACAAUUGUGUUGUACGGUAAAGAUGGCAUAUCGCCGUCCAAGCCGCGAAAAAUGAUCAAGCAUGAGGAUAAGAGCGAGGGUGAGGUCGACGACGUGCCGGCGGUUCCACGACAACCUGGCCGAGAUGGAGAAAGGAGUGGUCCAGGCGCAGUUGGUGCAGGUGCAAGUGGAGCCACCGACGACGUCGCUUCCUCGUUGGGAAAGAAGAAACGGCUGGGGCUUCUGGAGAAAGAGAAACAACAACACCAAAAGAGCAAAGAUGGUUCGAGCGGUCUGAGCUCUGCACCCGCCUCUCCCCCGUCCCACCAACGAAACCACAGCUCCUCCCAUCGACGUCGCAGGUCAGGUGGUGACCAUCGCUCAGAGUCCGAUUCGGAGUCGUCGAAGCCACGGUCGCCCAAGGUGUCGAAAGACAAGCUCAAACCACUCGAAGGUCGGCCUCUGUCCACCAAGCGCAAGGCUCCCAAGGUCGAGUCUGACGACGAGAGUGAGGCUCGCAAGGCACGUCGCCCCCGUAUGUCCGAUACCAGCGUCGAAAGUAAACACCCGCGGGACCAUAAACCGUCGAGCAGUCGGCCCCAUCAAGAUAAGCCUUCGAUUUCACGUACUCGGUCCAUUUCGCCUCAUGGCCGUGCGCAUCGUAGGAGCUUGUCGACACAGCUUCCCUCCCACAACUCGAAUGGCCUUGGCCACAAGAAACGGCGCAUCCCGGCUCCGCUUCAGAACACCGAAUACCACUCAGACGACUCCUCUGCCAGCGGCAGUCCCCACCCUCGCAGCUCACGGUUGAAGAGCAUUGCAACACCUGUCACGGGCGACUCUAAUAUGUCGCCGGCCAAGAUGGGCCCCCACAAGAAGCAUCUCGACGCGCAUGGUCAGACGCUGUUCGCCAAAGCUUGUGCAAAGGGCGAGUACGAUGUAGCUAAAACACGCCUGCAGGAACGUCCCGAGGACUUGAACUUUGCAGACCACGCCGGCAACACCCCUCUUCAAGUCGCGGCCUUGAAUGGUCACGAAGAGAUUGUGGAGCUUUUGAUCCAAGCUGGCUGCAACUUGGAGUGCCGAAAUGAUGUGAAGGAUACGCCUCUGCUUGAUGCUGUUGAAAACGGUCACCUGGGUGUUGUUAAACUUUUGCUUGCUGCAGGAGUCAACCCCCGAAAAGCUAAUGCAAUUGGCCAGGAGCCUCUGGAGUUACUACCGGACGAUAUUGACAAUGCCGAAGAAAUCCGGGCCGCACUGGUGCAAGCUAAACAAAGAAUUGGAGAGCUGCGCCGCACCUCAGAAGACCAUCCACCUCAGGAUAACCACGACGUCUCUUCCCACGGGCCGGACAGCCCGCGUCGGUCACCCCCAGCAACUUCUGGAAGCGCGGCAGCACGCAGAGCUGCGGCGCGAGGCGACCACGAGACUGUCUCUCGCAUUCUGCAAGUCAAGGAAGGAUGUGAUGACUCAGAAGCCCUUGUUGCAGCCGCUCGUGCCUUGGGCGGGGCAAACCCUGAUCCGUCCCCAGUAAAGACACUUCCCACCGACCAUGGCACACCAAUGCUUGCUGCGAUAGGAGGGGAGAAUAUAAAGGUCAUUCAGCUCUUGUUAGACCAGCUCCGCGAAGGUCCGAUAAGCUCUGCUAAAACCAAAUCCCCAUCGAGGCGAGAACGGGAUCACGACCAAGAGGACGUGUCAAAAUCGCACAAACGUCGACCGUCGAGCCCGCCCAGGGACUCUGAGCACAAGAAGCGGCUCGAGAAACAACGUUCUAUGUCAUUCAGCAACCAAGAUGAUCAGAUCUCCCCGAAACGCGGACCCGGACGACCCAAGAAGGAGGAGCGGGUUCCGACAAUUGCAGUGUCUGAUCGUGAAGCUUCACCUGCAUCGUCGUCCAAAACCCACCCUAUGAAGUCCAAACGAGCUGAAUCCGAUCCAAGGAGGAAGCUUAUGUCUGCGAAAGACCUCAAAGGUCAGCAGGCUUCGGAUCGACAUGAUGAAGGACUCGAAAAGGCUCGGGCGGAUCGCAUCUCGGAGAAAUACCAUGAUAGGACCAAGGCACUCAAACGGGAUGAAUCAAAAGACAGACUCGUGACACCUCCACGUCACGGAUCAGGUGAUAGAGAUGAUAGCGAGGCUCCCCCUAAGAGGCGAAGGCUCGACGCAGAAGGAAAAGAGAAACGUACGCCGCAGAAUAACCCAUCCCCCGAUGAUCGUCCGAAAAAGCGAGACAUAUCUCGUGACUCGAAGGUCAACCGGGAUCGGAGAGAGUCCGAAAAGUCAAGUCCUUCUGAAAAGGCGAGCAUCACUGUGUUUUCUCAGGACAUGGACGUGGACAUGCGAGAUACCCCGGUCGCUGCGGACCGCGAAGAAGCGAAGAAGCGCCAGGCUGAGUUGGAAGCCGUAGCUGCGGAGGAGGUACGGAAGAAGGAGGAGGUGCAAAAACGGGAGGCAGAAGAGAAACGGCAAAAAGAGGAGGCGGAGCGAAAACGGCAAGAAGAAGAGGAGAGGAAACGGCGUGAAGAGGAAGAGCGCAAACGGAAGGAGGAAGAGGACAGAGAGCGGGUCCGGUUAGAGGAGCAGCGGAAACAGCAGGAAGAGGAAGACCGCAAACGCCGCGAGGAGGAACAGAAGCGGAGGGAGGAGGAAGAGCGUAAGCAACGAGAGGAGGAGGAACGACUUCGUCGCGAAAAGGAGGCUGCCGAACAUGCUCGCAAAAUUCGGGAGGAGGAAGAACGCAAGGAUCGAGAACGGAAACGUGCAGCUGAGCGUGCAGCGCGUGAGGCCGAGCAAAAACGAAUCCGGGAGGAACAGGAAAGGCUUCGACUGGCGAAGCUGCCCCCGCUGCUUCGUUGGUUUGAUCAAUGUCCCGACCCGAAACAAAAGGAGUUCGCCGAGCUUUUCACGAUCAUGCAAGGUGUUCGCUACGACACUAUCAAUCCAUUGGCCACCGGGAGGUCAGACGGGCGGGAGCAGUGGCUUCUGAACACCCAGGUCGCUCUGCUGCUUGGGGAGAAGGACCUGACACUUUCCAGAUACACUGCGUGGGAACAAAUUCCAGUGUCCAACAUUGCCAAAACGGUCAUCUGGCGACUAGAACAAGACAGAUACGCCCUGACAGAAGGCAAACUAUACCAUCUAGGGGAGCAGCUACCUGAUUAUUAUGGCGGAGACCCCAACAAGGUCGGGUACCGUAAACUGGAGCAGCUUCGAGGCGAGGCAUCUAAGCUGUUUUUCGAGAUGGACAUGUUCUUCGUCAAGGAAUCUGACUUUCUUUAUAUACUCCCACACUUCUCACACCUCCGCAAUGUCCGGCUCGCCAUCAGUUACCGUGAGCUUCCGGAACACGAGGGUCAACUCGCCACGUGGUGUGCACCGGCAAAGUGGAAGCAAGAUCCAGACGCCGAAAGCAGGGAAGGCUUCGCACCGCGACAAAAGUAUUAUAUCAACGGCCAAUUCAUCUCUGAAGACAAGCCGGGCCACUACAAACCUAGCAAGAGUCCGUUCCCAGAACAGCGCGUUCCAAGACGGGGUGGCAUUGUGGCCGUCGCUCCCGAGGAGCCUGAAUACCCUCGGUUAUGCAUGGAACAAGGCCUUAGUCACCUGCUCUCUGACCAGCAGAAAUUGUCCGUUAUGAACGGCGCUCACCUGACGCCAAGAAGCAUGACCUCGAACGACACGGCGGAAGCAAUUAAUGGCGAAAACCUAUCUCCUACUGCUGCUUCUCCAACCAUUCAAGUUAACGGCUACCAUGGGCCUGUGGGACCGUCGGAGAAGCCACAAGUCAAUGGGAUCAACGGCGACCAUUGA